CACUGCUACCGUCACAAGACUGUGCGUACCACGGAUUCCCCAUCACAACCAAAAUGGCGGAGAACAUAGUCGGGUCGGCACACUAAUGAGCGCGAUGUGUAGUUCUUUAAGCAUUUAGAGACCGCUUUUCGUCUAUCUGUUGCAGAUGUAAGAUAAUGCAGUUUGCUAGAGCGCCUCUCUCCAGUACGUAGACGGACGCACAUUUCCCCAUUGUGACUGUGUUGCUGGCUGGCAUGGGUGAUGUUGGAAGACAAAGGGCCCCGUGUCGCAGACUACUUUGUGGUGGCCGGCCUGACAGACCCCUUCAAGCCGCUGGACGAGGAGCUGCGCUUCGAUGACGUCUGCCACAAGACGGCGCAGCCCAAGGCGCCCAUCACCGAUGUCACCGUGGUGAUGCGCUCGCUGGGCGAGGAGGUGCCGCCGGGCUACGCCUGUGUGGAGGCCACGCCCACUGGACUGUCAGCUGACCUGAACAACGGCGGCCUGAUGGCACCUGAGGUCUACCUGUGCUACAAGCGUGGCCGAGACAAGCCCCCACUCACCGACCUCGGUGUUUUGUAUGAAUGGAAGGAGCGCCUGAAGCAGGGCUGCCACCUGGUCCAGACCACUCCCGGCGGUCGCCCGGCCAACCUGAGCGGCUCUUCCCAGCGCAUUUACAUCACCUAUCGCCGAGCGCCGGAGAGCCAAUCACACGCCUCGCUCGCUGUGACGGACAUCUGUGUCAUCAUACCGGGAAAGGGCGAAUCUCCACCGCACACCUUCUGCAAAGUGGAGAAGAAUCUUAACAGCAGCAUGUGGGGGUCAUCUGUCUACCUGUGCUACAAGAAAUCGGUGGCCAAAACCAACACCAUCGCCUACAAAGCAGGUUUGUUCAGUAGGUACCCAGAGGAGGACUAUGAGUCUUUCCCUCUUCCGGAGUCCGUGCCCCUCUUCUGCCUGCCCAUGGGAGCCACGUUGGAGUGCUGGCCUCCCCACACCAAGUACUCCCUCCCCGUUUUCUCCACCUUCGUUCUCACCGGCUCUUCAGGAGAGAAGGUGUAUGGUGCUGCCAUCCAGUUCUAUGAGCCCUUCUCCGAGGAGUGCCUGACGGACAGGCAGCGUCUGCAGCUGGGCCUGCCUCCCCCUGACCCCCAGGCAGGGUCACGCUCCCCGAGCUCUGACCCCAAGGCCGCUUCGCGCUCCGUUCACACCAACAAGAGCAUCUGUCUGCUCUCGCACUGGCCCUUUUUCGACGCCUUCCGGAAGUUUCUCACUUUCCUCUACCGCUACUCUAUCUCCGGGCCACAUGCCCUUCCUAUUGAGAAGCACAUCUCUCACUUUAUGCACAAAGUUCCCUUCCCCUCAUCUCAAAGACCUCGCAUUCUUGUACAGCUUUCCCCACAUGACAGUCUGAUGUUGAGCCAGCCUGUGUCCUCUCCUUUGCCACUCAGCGGGGGCCGGUUCUCUACGCUGCUUCAGAGUCUGGGCCCUGAGAAUGCCGUCACAUUGCUGGUGUAUGCCAUGACAGAGCAGAAGAUCCUGGUGCACUCACUACGACCUGCAGUGCUCACCAGUGUUACCGAGGCCCUGGUGUCUAUGAUCUUCCCCUUCCACUGGCAGUGCCCAUACGUGCCCCUGUGCCCACUGGCAUUAGCAGGGGUUUUGAGUGCCCCCUGCCCCUUCAUUGUCGGGUUGGACACACGCUACUUCGACCUCUAUGAGCCGCCUCCUGAUGUCAACUGUGUGGACCUGGACACAAACACUGUAUCUCAAAUGGAGGAUAAGCGGGCUCUUACAUGGAAGCUCCUCCCAAAGAAAGCCUGCAAAAACCUGAUGAAUGCACUCAGUAACCUCUACCAGCAGCUAAUAGAAGGUCACCAGAGGCCGCAGCACGACGGGUUGGCGGAGGCGUCCGUGUGUGGGGGGGGGAGUGAGGGUGAGCUGGGCGGAGGGCGCAGCCUGCAUGCGCUGGAGCUGGACAUCCAGGAGGCCUUCCUGCGCUUCAUGGCGGCGUUGCUGCGCGGCUACCGCUCCUUCCUCAGGCCCAUCACGCAGGCGCCCUCCGAGAAGACCACCGACGCCAGCUCGCUCUUCGACCUGCAGGGCUUCUUGCGCAGCAGGGAUCGCUCUCAUCAGAAGUUCUACUCUGUGAUGGUAAAGACACAGCUCUUCAGCCGAUUCAUUGAGGAGUGCUCCUUCGUCAGCGACAAAGAUGCCAGCCUAGCCUUCUUCGACGAUUGCGUGGACAAACUGUUUAGCUCAGAGCGGACUGUAGAAAAGGCCAAGGUUGAUGGGGAACGCAGCGAAGAGGGCAAAUUGAUUGAGUUUGAUGAGUCUCAGAGAAGUGAACAUACUGUCUUCAUCACACCACCUGAGCUACCACCCCUGCCAGAGGGAGAGGAGCAUCCACUCUGUUACAGUUAUGCUGGCUUCCCUGUGCUGACGGAUGACUUGUUUGAUCGUGUUGAUGGCCUGAGGACUCCUGCCUCUCUGCUUGCCAGUCGUAAGAGCUGCCCUACAAGUCCUGCUCCCAUGUUUAGACGCACUAAACAGGAGAUAAAGCUGGCUCAGAAGGUGGCUAAGAAGUACUCCUCUGUGCCCCAGAUGUGGUCCAAGUGCCUUCUGCGCCACUGCUAUGGCCUGUGGUUUAUCUGCCUGCCCGCCUAUGUCAAGGUCUGCCACUCCAAGGUGCGGGCACUCCGCACCGCCUACGACGUGCUGAGGAAGAUGCACACCAAGAAGCUACAGCCACCUGAUGAGGUGUGUUACAGAGUUCUGAUGCAGCUCUGUGGCCAGUAUGGCCAGCCUGUUCUGGCCGUGAGAGUUCUAUUUGAGAUGAAGAAAGCUGGUAUCCAUCCCAAUGCCAUUACCUAUGGCUACUACAACAAGGCUGUUUUAGAGAGCACUUGGCCAUCCAGCACCAGAGGUGGCUACUUCCUGUGGCUGAAGCUGAGGAAUGUGGUUCUGGGUGUUGCCCAGUUCAGACAGGCUCUGAAGAAGCAUCAGCAGCAGUCUGCACACACACCUCCCUCAGACGGCAGUGAUUUGGACGCUUUGAGUCAGGGCAGCAUGGACAGCUCCAACGAGACUAACCCUGCUGACCUUAUCAAAGUAGAGGGCACUGACGAUAGAUCUAGCACAGCCAGCAUGGGCAGUGUGAACGGGGACUCUUGUGCAGCUUGCUCUCUGGGUGUGUGCUCUGAUUCGGACACACCUGCUCUGCACUCAGGUGACCAGUCAGAUCUGGGCUACAACUCACUGUCUAAAGAAGAGGUGCGGAGAGGAGAGACCAUCCCUGAGAAAGAGAAGAGGGAGAGUGACUGCAGCUCCUUGUCUGAGACAGAGAGUGCCAAAGGCAGUGGAGACUGUCUUCCACAGCUGGACUUCCCAGCUCCUAAUCAGCCACGUCCAGGGAUUGUCCGUGGCAACUCUUGCUAUGAUGGUCCUGCCCUUAAUAAACAAGAAAGCUCCUCAGCCGUUGCUGGUCUCCUCUUCUCCUCCUCUUUAGAGGACAUCGGGGUCAUGCAGGGAGGCAGUCUGCAUCGUCGCCUGGGUAACAAACGGGAGAAGACCGACGGCUCUCUGGAGGAGUCUGGGGUGAGAGGUCGUCGUCAUAGCGGCGACUCGGCCACCCCCACUGGCACAGUCCUGGGCCUGAGCCUGAACCAGGGUGAGACGGACCCGCACAAGAUCGCCCGUAACCUAGGAGACGACGCCAAGAUCCUCUCGGGGAGCCUCCGCAAGAGCCGGCGAUGUGAAACGCUGGGCAUGAACAGCAAGCAGGCUCACGCACUCCUAAACGAUGACGAAGUACCGAUGCACAGGCUCUCCCUCACAACAGCAGAUGAUGCAGCAGAGGAUGAAGACUCCAGUGAUGAGGAGAGGCCCGAUGAGGACAAGGUGGACCUGGCGGACAUCUUUGACCUGGAGGACUUGGACCUGGACUCAGAGGGGAUCAUGGGAUGUGGGGCGGGGCCGCGGCGCCAAUCGGUCCCGGUCCAGCUGGCCCGGCCGGCCAAGCGCAUGGGCAUCCAGAUGGGCUUCGACCCGCUGUCGCUCCUGGCGGCCGAGACCGAGUCCGAGGUGGCAGAGGUGUGCAGCGAAGGCGCCGGCGCCCGGACCCCGCCAGGGAUGCGCCGUGACCUGGCCGUGGAGAUUGAGAUGUACAUGAACCACCUGGGCAGCCCGCUGAGCAGCCGGGCGCCUAGCAGCGUGGACCUGCGCUUCCCCACCAGCCCAGCAGGGGGCGCUCACCACCAGCAGCACGAGGCACGGCGCGGGAGCCUGCCCCACUGCUCGUCCCGGGCGCUAUCCGUGCCCCGCUCGCAAACCUACCACUCGCACCAGCAGGUGGCGCACUCGCACAGCUCGCACAACGUGCAACAGCGCUCACGCACACCCCAGGCCAACACGCCGACCCACGCCAGGGCCCGGCUGUGGUCCUCGCCCGCGUAUCCACCCGACGGGGCCCCUCAGCAGGGCGAAGAGAGGGACCGGGACCCCCACUCGGACCUGGCGUCCCCCCCCCCCUCUCCCUCGCCCUACUCCUCCUCCUUUGGGCUGGACACUCUGCUCACGCCCUCGCUGGACGUCUUCAAGAGCAGCAUGGUGUCGGCGGGGAAGGGUGUGGCCGAGAAGGCCAGCCGCUGGUACUCACGACUGGCCACUUACACCACUCCCACCAAGGACAUGGGCUCAGAUGGGUUGAGUGUGGAGGAUGAUGACGAGUGUGGGGAGGGAGAGGAAGUGUUUUUGUCUCCUGACGGGCCCUUCUCCCCACGGCGACCGGGCCCCUACGCUCCCCUCAGACGCAGCACCGCUGCUCAGGCCAGCGCCAACCGCCGCAGCAGCAUACACACAGGUUAUCUUCUCUCUCCUCCUCCCAGCGUUCCUGACCGCUCUGACCUGGGCUCGUCUCGAUACACCAGCAACACUAGCAUCUUCCAGAACUAUGCAAUGGAGAUUCUGAUCUCCAGCUGCUCGCGCUGUAAGACCUGUGAGUGUCUGGUGUAUGACGAGGAGAUCAUGGCGGGCUGGACAGCAGACGACUCCAACCUCAACACCACCUGCCCGUUCUGCGGCAACCCCUUCCUUCCGUUCCUCAACGUGGAGAUCCGGGACCUGCGGGGCCCCGGCAGGUUAUUUCUGAAGAGUAGUCCAUCAGCAGAUGAAGCUAUCUCCUCCUCUUAUUCUGUGUCCACUGGGCUGGAUACUGGGACCUCCACCCUCUCUGCCACGUCCCCAGUUCCAACACACGCAAGGAGCAGUUCCUUCAUCAGGGCUCCAUGUAUAGAUAUCCCGGAGAGGCAGCAGGGCUCUCUGUCCCCUGGGGGCCCCAUGGCACGGAGCGUCAGUGCCUUCGGGCCCCUGGAGGAGUCGCCACGGCCCCUGCACAGGGUCCCCACUGGCAGCCUGCCCAGCCGGCUCAACGAGGCCACUGAUCCGUUGAGUAUGGAGUGGCGUCUGCACCACCCUGAGCCAGUGACGGUGCCCUACCUGAGUCCUCUGGUCCUAUGGAAGGAACUGGAGAGCCUGCUGGAGAAUGAGGGAGACCAGGCCAUCACUCUGUCAGGGCUGGUGGAUCACCAUCCCAUAAUAUUCUGGAACCUUGUGUGGUACUUUCGCCGACUAGAUCUGCCCAGCAACCUGCCAGGCCUUAUUCUGACAUCAGACCACUGUAACAGAGGAUCUCAGGUUCCUCGUGACUGGAUGUCUGAGGACAGUAAGCACGUGCUGGUGCAGAUCCUCUGGGACAACCUGAAACUCCACCAGGACCCCAUACAGCCCUUCUACAUCCUGUGGAACACACAGAGUCUGAGUUACCCAGUGUGCCGGCUGGGGAAUGAGAAGGAAUGUGUGUUUGGGGAGGAGGUGCUGCAGGGUGUGGUGAGGAGCAUCCAGCGCAACGACAUCCACAGCCCCAUGUGUCACAUCCUCCAGCUGCUCGCACACACCCUCGGGGUCCGCAGACAGAGGAGUCUGUACAGGGACAUCCUCUUCUUAUCUCUGGUCGCUCUGGGCAAAGACAACAUUGACAUUGAUGCGUUUGACCGGGAGUAUAAGCUGGCGUAUGACCGUCUAUCUCCAGCUCAGGUCAAACUCACUCAUAACUGCGACCGACCCCCCAGCACAGGGGUCAUGGAGUGCAGAAAAACCUUUGGAGAGCCUUAUCUCUAAACACCCCAUAAUAACCCAGUACCCAGUCCCCCAAACCUCUACUACACCAUAGCUGGAGACACCAGCACAUCACUACACAUUCAUAUUUACUGUACAGCACUGACCUUUCAACUGGAAGUACUUGGCGAUUCAUCAGUCAGCAUGGCAACUGGUCAGUGUGUACACAGGGUCCUGUGUCUUCAAAGAAAGCAAAGCAGAAGGUCCCGUCACACAUCUAAUGUGUUUCUUUACCAUGUAGAUGCACUGUAAAUGCACGAUUAGUUUGGGGAGAUUUAAAGACUGUUUUCAUGAUAUCGUCAUCAUGACUAUGUAGUAGAAGAGGUAGCAGCACUAUUCUACGACUAUAUAUGACUGGGUCACUUGCUUCUUUAUUUUUAUGCUGCAUGUCAGAGAGGUCAGCUACAUUGCUUUUGCUCAGUGUCAUUAGACCUGGAGUUUGUAUGGUAUCACACACACACACACACACACACACACACACACACACAUACAUACACACACACUCUCUCUCUCUCUCUCUCUCUCUCUCUCCCCCAAUUCUCAGCUCAUGGGAUGCCAGGUCAUUGUCAAAAUAGGGAUUAAGUGAGGUGUCAAUGUAGAGUUGAAAGGUUUGGUCGAUGAAAAAUAUAUUUCAGUAUGCACUACCUAUUCUGUGACAGACUGGAUAGUUCAGAAAUAUUACACUAGUAUUUAGGUCUGUAUUGAAGUCGCUCUAGCCGUUGUUGAGAUUAUGAACAUUGAGAUUAUGGAGAUUUGUAACCCAUACAGGUGGAGAAUUUACUUGUUUUACAAUAAUCAUGCUGCUUUUUAGCAUGUUAGCCAGUUGUAAGACCAAGCAGUCCAAUCAAGAUAAGGGGCUACGCUACACAGGAUCCACACAGUCCUGUCCCAUUGGCUGCUCAACAGCCACACGGCAUCCCACACUCAAUCACAUCUGCUGAGAGUUCUGCUUUAGUUAGUGAGCCAAAGAUGCACAACAGAAGCUCCCCCACCGUGUUCCAUCUCAUUACACACAAAAACCUUUAUCAGUACGACUGGAUAACACAGUCUGACACACCAAGGAGUACACACACUCCUUGUGUGUGAUAGUGUGCACCCGUUAUAGCCUGGGUGUUCCCAUGCGGCCUUGCGCGAGAUUUGAUUCACGCUGCUAAGGCAGCCUGGAGACCAUGGAGCAAAUUUUCGCCUGAGA